AUGAACUGGCAGCAGAUGUCUGAUGGCUCUCUCAGUUUGGUGAAAGUAGGUUUCUACGACGCCUCUCUGCCCUCUGGACAAAACCUGGUCAUAAAUGACUCGAUGAUCCAGUGGCCUGUUGGAAAAAAGGCUCUCCAGUCAGUUUGCAGUGAGAGCUGUCCUCCAGGUUUCCGUGUAGCCAGGAGAAAAGGGGAGCCGAUCUGCUGUUACGACUGUAUCCCCUGUGCUGAAGGAGAAAUCAGUAAUGCCACAGAUUCUCUCGAAUGCUCACCCUGCUCAGAGGACACGUGGCCCAAUGCUGCUCGAGAUCUUUGCAUCCCAAAGAGUGUUGAAUUUUUGUCUUACUAUGAUGCUUUGGGUAUUCUUCUGUGUACCACAUCUGUCUUAGGAGCUUGUAUGUCCUUUUUUGUGGUUAUUGUAUUUUUUAAAUAUAAAGACACACCCAUAGUCCGGGCAAACAACAUGGAACUCAGCUUUCUUCUUCUGGUAUUUCUGGCUAUCUGCUUCCUAGUGGGCUUGCUUUUUAUCGGUGAGCCUUCAGACUGGCUUUGCCUCAUCAAGUUUCCUGCAUUUGGUAUCAGUUUUGCCCUUUGCAUAUCGUGCCUUCUGGCAAAGACAUCUGUGGUUCUCAUGGCUUUUAGAGCCAGACUUCCAGGUAGUAAUGUCAUGAAAUGGUUUGGGCCCAAGCAGCAAAGAGCAAGUGUUCUUCUUGGAACUGCUGUCCAGGUAUUUGUCUGUCUGUCUUGGCUGCUCACCGCUCCCCCUCAUGCCAAUUAUAACACAAACUACCACAGUUCCACAAUCAUCAUCGAGUGUGUUACCGGUUCAGAAGUCGGCUUCUGGUGUGUUCUUGGAUACAUUGGUUUCCUCGCUUGCAUGUGCCUUCUAAUGGCCUUUUUGGCCCGGAAGCUGCCUGACAAUUUCAAUGAAGCCAAAUUCAUUACCUUCAGCAUGUUAAUAUUCUUCGCUGUGUGGAUAACUUUUAUUCCUGUGUACAUGAGCACAGUUGGAAAGUUUACUGUGGCUGUUCAUGUCUUUGCAAUUUUAGCCUCGACUCUUGGGCUUCUGCUUUGCAUUUUUGCUCCUAAGUGUUACAUCCUUUUGCUGAGACCAGAUAAAAACUCCUACUGA